AUGUUCUGCAAGCCGAUUUUGGGAAUUAUUACGUUCUUUUGUUUAUCCAAAAGUGUUACUACUGCUACCUAUAGAAACAUGAGUAGCUUCGCAGGAGUUCAUUCCGUUGCAUACGUAACGGUUCCGACGCAGGAAGUUGCUAAAAAAUUGGCUCAGUAAGAAUUAAUGUAAUCUAUUGGGAAUUAACUCCCUGAAAAAUAAUUACAGAUUACAAAAAUAAUUGUUCCAUUUAAUUUACAGUGGUUUGGUGAAAAAUAAAUUAGCCGCUUGCGUUAAUAUUAUACCGGGACUUACGUCAGUGUAAGUAUAAUAUAUACAUAUACACGCUAUAAAGUAUAUAUCUCAAAGUGGAGUAACAUUAUUUGCACAUUACAGGUACGAGUGGAAAAAUGAAAUCAACGAAGAUAGCGAACUUUUGUUGGUAAGAUAUAUAUAAAAUAAUGAUAGUAAGUCUAAAUUAUUGAUACGCAUCUUGUAUUAUUUAUUUUUUAGAUGAUAAAAACUAGAACUGAUACUGUGGAUGCAUUAACGAAAUACGUAAUGUAAGUAUAAAUGAUGUUUUUAAAUUAUAUGUGUAUGUUUAAAAUUUAUCUUGCACUGAUUUUAAACAGGGAGAAUCAUCCUUAUGAAGUCUGUGAGGUGAUUUCAUUACCUGUAAGUAUUUAUAUUUUAAUGUACAAGGUACACUAUAUUCCAAUUUAAUGCAUGGCAAAAGUAGUUGAACAAUAUUUUAUUUUAGAUUCAAAAUGGAAGCAACAAAUAUCUCCAAUGGAUAAGUGAAAUAGUUCAAUCUUUUGAUCAAAGAGAUCAAUAA